AUGAACGAAGAAACUUACCAACGUGCUGUUGGCCGAGUGGUAAAUUUUCCAGGUGUAGAAAACCGAUCCGGAGAUUUUCUCCGGGAUCCGAAUACACAUUCUUUACAGAAUCGCCAAGAGAAGAAUGAUCACAUAAAUUUUGGCGGCAAUUUCGACGGCGAAAAAUGUCGUGGAUCCAUCUCAAACUUUCUUCCACGAGAAGAAACUUGGACGCCGGUUGGUGAAGCGAUUUCUUCUCGUGGCUCAGCGGUCGUGUCGGCCUCUGCAACUACGGCGGAAGUCGAUCGAGAGAAGGUGGGUAGUGCCAAUUCGCCAUGGAGGUUAACGGUGGAUCCUCCUGGUUUUGUUGGUUGUCGCGGAUUCAGUGUACGGGAGCUGACAACGGCGUGCCGUGAUGUCGGAGGGUUGACCAUGCCGAGAGAUUUGUGGUGGAAACGGUUGGUCGCGGGAAAAGGAAUAGUAGCGGGAGUCAGAUGCUUCCUCUCUGUUUACUAG